CUUAUCAGACCCUUGUAUCAAUCAGAAACUUCCACUUCAUUCAGAAGUCAAAUAGAAAGAUCUUUAUAAGAUCAUUUUGUGACUCUUUAGCAUUCCCACCAUCUCUUUUUAUAUCCCAUCUUCCUUGCAAACUACAUCUACUUCUAUUUUUUGUCUUCAAUGGUUACUGAAUUAAUAUAACAUCAAGCCCUCAGAGACAGGUGAAAAUGAAGGUAAGUCUAACUCAUAACCAAAACAAUGACAUGUUAGUUUCAAUCUAUUUAACUUCAUCUUUGUAAACCAUGGAUGCAGCUAUUACAAUGGGUGCGCCAAAAAAUUCAGCAAAGUAGCAUCGAAUCUCUCAAGGAUCUCAGUAUUGAUAAUCCUUGUAUAUGCAUUUUGCCUCGGCCAUUAGAUGAUGAUGAAUAUGCCUAUACAAAGCCAACCAUCCGCUACGGAUAUGGAUCUACAUUCCAACAGCCAAGGAAGGACCAGACGAAAUUUGUUUCUGAAUCUGAAGACAGGAGAGAAGGAGAAGAAGCAGAAACAUCUGAGAUUGUUUCAGAGCUAUUUCAUGGCUUUCUCACCAUUGGAACUCUUGGCUCAGAAACAACUAUUAGUUCACCAGCAACACCAACUUUUGCAACACCUUUAGAGAACUUAACAGAGCAAAAAUCAGAGGUCACAGAAAAUGACUUGAAGCUCAUCAGCUAUGAGCUAGAGAGGUUUAGUGAGGCUGAGACAAAGGAUGAAGGAGUAUGUCCAUCGUCAGCAAGGGAGAGUCAUGAUAGCACUAUUACACUAGGUGGCUGGCAAAUGGAUGACUCUGAAGAAGAAGAAGAGUACUGUGCAACAGUGGUAUGUCCCCUCCAAGGAUAUCUUCUUGGGUCCUCGGUUGAAUUACCAGAUUUGAGAACAGAAGCAAAGAAAGAAAAGGUAUCACUACAAGAGCUGUUUGAUAGGACAAAAGUGACUGAAAAUUUUGAAAAAGGUGAGAUAGACCCUAAGAAGAAACGCAAAUCUACCAUGGGUUCUAUGAAGAAGAUAAUAAAAAAACUGUAUGCCUCUUCCAAGAGCUCCACUUCUUCUACUAGAGGUCAUUCAACUGGUCCUGGUCAGGAAUCUGACUCUGUUUCAACCAAGAAGAAACCCCAUAAGGUAUUACGUAUGUUUCAAAGAAAGAUUCAUCCUGAAGGCUCUAUAGCUGAAAAAGAAUCUAUCAAGUCCAAUAAAUACAAGGACAAGAGCAACUACUGUGACGUUGGUGGUUGUAAUAGGAAUCUGAUGCUUAUGGAUUCAGAGAAUAGAAUGUUACCCCAAGAGCCGGUGUUAAAGGAGAGGACCAGACAAUGUAAGAGGUAUAUUGAGUUACCCCAGUACAAACUGAAUGGUAAUGAUUUGAUAAGAAAUGAAGAGCACUGGAUCAAAACUGAUGCAGACUACUUGGUGUUGGAGCUGUAGUUCCCAAAGUUGUAACAAGUCACACCGGCCACCUUCAUGAGGAAGAACGUGAGGGUUUGUUUGAAUAUUUCUAUAAGGUCAUGUACUUUUUUGUGAGUGUUUUAAGUGGUAAAAAGCAGGGGAGUACUACCGGACCUAUCUGGUAUAGAAGUGGUAAGUUGCAUUCAAAAAUAGCAAGGGAGUACUAGACAUGCCUAUCGUGUAUCAGAGUGAUGAUGAAGUUUGAGUGUGUUUAUGACAUUACUUGAAUAAAUCUACAAGUCUUUCAAUGGUUG